CUCUCCAACAUAGCUGGAUGGUCCUCCGUCAGACUCCCAUUUCACCAUGCGCAGUCACCACUUAACCGCCUCUCUGCUGCUCCUGUUACACAGUCAACGGGCCUACUCCGACCUGGGUAUACAAGUCAACGAUGCCGACUCCCUCAAAAACGCCGGCUCCACCAUCGCCGACCCAUUGAUGGUCUUCUACAAACAGAACCAAACCGAAGGCAUCCCCGGCAAGCUCACCGACACCUGGUACAUCGCGGGGGCCAUGUUCAUGACCCUGAUCCAAUUCUGGCAGGCCUCGGGCGUCGACACCUACAACUCCGUCGUGCAGCAUGACCUGAUGUUCCAAGCGGGAGAAAACUACGACUAUUUCUCCUCCAACUACAGUCAAUGGCUGGGCAACGACGACCAAAUGUUCUGGGGCCUCGCCGCCAUCACCGCCUCCGAAACAGGCUUCCCCGAAGUCUCCGGCAAACCCUCAUGGACGUCUCUCGCGCGCGCCGUCUUCAACAUGCAAGUCAACCGCUGGGACGACACCGCCUGCGACGGCGGCAUGCGCUGGCAGAUCUGGCCCUACCAGGCGGGGUACACGAUGAAGAACGCCAUCUCGAACGGGGGGCUUUUCGAACUGUCUGCCCGACUCGCCCGAUUCACCAAGAACGAUACGUAUGCCGAGUGGGCGGAGAAGAUCUUCGACUGGUCGGAGACAACACCGCUCCUGAACACGAAUGCCACGAUCUGGAACGUGGCAGAUAGUACCUCCAACGAAGCCAAUUGCAAGGAUAUCGGGAAUAACCAGUGGACGUAUAACUACGGGACGUAUCUAUCUGGUGCGGCGUUCAUGUAUAACUACACGAACGGCUCCACCAAAUGGGAACAACGAGUAAACAACCUCCUCACCUCCAUCACGACCAAAUUCUUCCCCCAAGACUACUCCAACGGCACCGUCCUGUCAGAAGUAACCUGCGAACCGAUCCUAUCCUGCGACCGCAACCAGCUCGGCUUCAAGGGGUACGUGGCAAUGUGGCUCGCAUUCACGGCCCUCCUUGUCCCAUCUACACACGACAUCAUCCUCCCCAAACUGCAAGGCUCCGCGGCAGCCAUCUCGAAGCAGUGUUCGGGCACCGGCGACGGACUAGAAAAUCUGUGCGGCGUGCGCUGGCACCAGGAUACCUGGGACGGAAGCAUGGGGCUGGAAGUGCAGAUGAGUGCGUUGGGCGGGGUGACGGGGGCGUUGAUGAUGUUGGGAGAUGGGAGUUCGGGGCCGCAGACAAUCGAUGAGAAUCCCGAUGCGGCGGAACAUCAUAUUGAUACGAGUGAGGAUGAGAAGGAUCCGACGGCGAAGGAGAAAAUUGAGACGGGGGAUAGAGCUGGCGCGUGGAUUUUGACGGUGCUGUUGGCUGGGUUGAUGUUGGGUGCUGUGGGGUGGUUGGUUAAGUCGCAGUGAUAUUCCCCUCUCCCCCCAACCUUCCUUCCUUCUUUCUUUUUUUUUUUUGUGGGGAUCAUUAGGGUGUAUCUGUUCAUGGAAUGGGUUCGUGUGUAUAUGGGUUAUGGACAUAUUGUACUGCUUGCUUCGUUUGGCAAUUGUUGAUUACUUGGCGAGAUACGUACUGCUUGCUGGACAGCCUUCUUCUAUUCACAUUAGUUAUACCAUCGCGGGUCGAUAGCAC